AUGGCCGCCAGCCCAGCCACAGUAGCUCAUGGCCCCGCCAUCAUCGGUCUAUUCUUCAAUAUUCUCCUGUAUGGUAUCAUGAUCACGCAGACAUUCCUAUACUUCAAGGCUUUCCAGAACGAUAAAGCGUGGAUGAAGUGCUAUGUAGUGUUCCUGUUCGUGGCCGAUACCGUCAACACCAUAUUCGAUUGCAUAUGGAUGUACCAGUCGGUGAUCAUCCAUUUCGGCGACCUCGAUUUCCUGUCAAAAGCAAACUGGGUCUUCGCCGCAGACCCCGCAAUGACAGGUAUCAUUGCUUGCCUCGUACAAUUCUUCUUCGCAUGGAGAAUAAAGAUCUUGACGGGGAGCUGGCUGCUGGUCGUGGCGGUCGUGGUAGCUGCAUUGGGCGGUGGGCUGGGAGGUGUAGGCACGGCCAUAGCAGUCGGCAUUAUCCCUCAGUUCGCCAAGUUCCAGGAAUUCCAGGCCAUCGUGAUCGUCUGGCUGAUCUCAAAUGCAGUGUGCGACGUUCUCAUAACGACGGCGCUCACGUGGCACUUGAGGAGACAUAAAACGGGAUUCCCUGCGACAGACGACAUCGUGAACAAGAUCAUCCGGCUUACCGUACAGACGGGCAUGAUCACGGCUUUAGUCGCGACUCUUGAUGUCGCUUUCUUCGUGGGCAGUACAUCCGGAUUACAUCUGGCAUUCAACUUCCCGCUCUCGAAGCUGUAUACCAACUCGCUCAUGUCAACACUGAACUCUCGGACGGGCUGGAAGUACAACCGCACGACGGAGCCGAGCGGCGGUGACCCCGAAGCGGCGACGGGGCACCACCUCUCAGGCCACAGGGAGGCUUCACGCACACGGAAGCCGGGCGUGCUCAACCUAUCGCAAGGCCGGUCACCAGAGGUCUUCGUGCACGUGGAGUCGCAUCAGAUGGUCGACCUCGACAAUAAAGAAAACGGCGCGCUGUACCCGGAUGCGGAAGACGACGGCAUGCGCUCGGCGUUCGCGCAGUCCAAGGGCACGCUGUCGAACACGUCGUCGGACCACGAUAUCGGGCGGGGCCGCGGGCGUACGCGCUAA